UCAGAGUCUCUGACGCAAUUCGAGCGUCGAAGACCAGGAGCGGAAGACCGAGGCAGCUCCAGUGACUGCGAUUCGGCGAGUCAAUUGUCGACGCCGACAUUCUCUUUACCUGAAUGUGAAGCGAGUGACCUGAUUCGUUUCACGACCAUUCUUCCGGUUAUGACCCGAGAUUCUGCCGAGGAAUUUUACUAGAAUUGCCAAAAUCGAUCAGCUGUAUUUGUCAAACCCUCUCAAGGAGCAUCUCGAGGUCAGAGAGAGAGAAGAGAGAGAGAGAUGACGUCCAUCGAGAAAUCUCCGAGAGCCCUGUUGGUCCCAAUGAAGACGCAGGGACAUUGGACUCCCUUCGUGCACUUGAUGCGGGCGCUGGCAGCUCACGGGAUCAAUCUCACUGUGUGCCUGACAAAAAUUCGUGCUGAUGAGCUGAGGAUUCUCCUGGAAAAGGGAGAAUUCGAGAACGUCGACGUUGAAAUCGUGGAGGUUUUCAGAGAUACAACUCAUAUUCCGAACACGACACGCACCGUCGAUCGUAUGGUCGAGGAUUUUGAAGAGUACAAGGACAAACUCGCACUCUUAAUGCCCACCGUCUCGUGCGUGAUCGUGGACAUGUUCGUCGGAGUAGUCUGUGUGGAUUUUGCAGAUGAAUGGAGGAUUCCGAUGUACAAUUUCGUCACCUCAGCAUGUGCCUUCACCUUUUGCUUGCUGCACACGCCAACUCUGCUCGACGAGAACUGGAGUUACAGCAAUCCAGCCAAGAGCAAUUCCCAUAUAAAUCUGCCGGGGCUCGAAAUGUUUACCGGAGCUGACAUUCCGGAAACUAUUGCCAAGACGCCGACGCUCUACCGAAAGCACUCGGAUGCUUUCAAAAGAAGCGCAGCCGUGAUCAUAAACUCCUUCGAGGAGUACGAUGGCAAGCAGCAGAACAUUCUGACACAGCAGCUCGAGCUUCAUGUCCAGCCCGGCAGGGUCAAGCCGAAAGUGUACCCGAUCGGCCCGCUGCGGCUGGUGGGCACCUCCCGCCUCGACGAGAAGCAGAGCAUUCCCACGGUGACGCACGAGUGCAUCGAGUGGUUGAACCGGCAGGCAAAUUCGUCCGUGCUCUUCAUUUGCUUCGGGAGUGUUCUGCCUCUGGCAGCAGCUCUGAGAUCGGCGUUCAUCGAAGCCUUGGGCUCGACCGGAACUCGCUUCCUGUGGGCUCUGCGAUUGGCGGAAGGCGAUCACGAGGCCGAGGCUGUCGUGGAGGAUUUUGAGUCGAGAACGCGAGACCGAGGCCUCGUCGUGAGGAGCUGGGUGCCGCAGGAGGAGGUGUUGCAGCAUCCCGCUGUUCAUGGCUUCUUGUCGCACUGCGGCUGGAAUUCCAUCAUGGAAGCAAUUCAAGGCGGCAUUCCCAUCGUGGCCUGUCCUAUGUAUGCAGAGCAAGCCCUGAACGCGAGAUUCAUUGUGGAGGAGUCGAAGAUUGCCAUUCUGAUCGCGCAUAAGGGCCAAGUGGGCGACGUCGAUGGGCAGGAAGUGACGAAGGCGAUCAGACUUUUCAUGGAUGAUGAGAGAAGACAAUCACUGAGACAGAACAUUCUGCGCCUGAAGGAGGCAGCGAACGCGACCGUGGCAGAGGGUGGAUCAUCUCAUCAGCAUCUGAAGAAUCUCGUUGCUGCCAUCUCAAAAUCUGUAAACGGUGAGCCAUCACAGACUUAAGCGGAAUGACUGUCUGCUCUGUGGCAUCGAACACCAAGAGACUAAACUUAGACUGGCCGACUGAGGGCAACGGACUUGUCAAUUGUAAAUCUUUUUUUAAGUUCACAGCGGAAAUCAAAUAAUUUCGGUC